AGUCGGCCAUCUACCGAAUGCUUUUGAGUAAGCACAAUUCCCAUAGCCACGUCAUAUUUGUGUGCCGUGGCUGUCGAUUUGUGCGGUUGUGCAUGAGUCUCUCGUCCCGUCCCCCGUGUUUUAACCACAAAAACUCCCAACAAUUAGCCACUGAAUUAUUGCCCCCAGUACCGACAGUCCCGCGACAUGAACAUAUUCCGAUUGCUCGGUGAUUUAUCGCAUCUCCUAGCGAUCAUAGUUCUAUUGCUUAAAAUAUGGACUACCAGGAGUUGUGCCGGCAUAAGCGGAAAAUCCCAGAUACUUUUUGCCAUUGUGUACAUAACGAGAUACCUCGACCUCCUCACCACGUACAUUUCUGCUUACAACACGUUUAUGAAGUUUGUCUUCAUUAGUGCCUCAGUGGCCACUAUCUUCUUGAUGUAUGUCAAAUUCAAGGCGACUUAUGAUCACAAUCAUGACUCGUUCCGGAUUGAAUUUCUGAUAGCCCCAGCCCUGGUUCUGGCCCUCCUAAUUAACCACGAGUUCACCCCCCUCGAGAUCCUCUGGACCUUCAGUAUUUACCUCGAGUCAGUGGCAAUAUUGCCCCAACUAUUCCUGGUCUCGAAGACCGGCGAAGCCGAGAGUAUUACGAGCCACUACCUCUUCGCCCUUGGCACAUACCGUGGCCUCUAUCUCCUGAACUGGGUGUAUCGUUACUACGCCGAAGACCACUACGAUCUCAUAGCCAUCGUCGCUGGUGUCGUGCAGACUGUCCUGUACUGCGAUUUCUUUUAUCUCUAUAUUACCAAAGUACUCAAGGGCAAGAAACUUCAGUUACCAGCUUAGCCACAUUGAGUGAAUUGACCAUAAACCCAUUUAAUUACAUUUAUUUCGUGAAAAAAAGAAAAAAAUCUCGACAAAAUUGACUAUCGAAUGCAGUUAAUGCUACUACUGACCUGGCACGCCGUUAGAACCAUCGAGGGAGUGAGGGGAUUUUUCAAGAUCAAUAAGUUGAAACAUUAGAAAAAAUCAACUGAAAAUUCGCACAAGUUUUCAUCUCUUCGCUGGGGGAAAGGAGGAAAAAUCGACUCGCCAGAGUGAAAUAAAUGAAAAAUUUCUCAAGACAUUUUAUUCAAGAUUCAAAAUUCAUCCGAAUGCAUUUUCCUUGUGCUCCAAAGUCCCCCUGAGCCAAAUCCCCCUCAAUUCCUCACCUAUCAUCCGAUUUAUUCAUGCAUCCUCUUCCCUCCCUCCAACCUCUUGUACAUAAUUUAGAGACUGGUGGUGAGUGUCUACGGCGAUGGAAAUAAUCAUGUUCAUUGGAAGAAAUAUUUGUUAAUGAGAAAAUAAUGAAGGUGCGCGUUUAAAGUGUCAAUCACGUGAAUCAAGCGCUUCGCGGGAUGUUGAGAGGGUGGGGGGGAUACGAAUACUUUCGACAUUCUUUUGGAAUAUUUGUCACUGAAAUUAGUUGAGUCAGCAGUCACCUGAGACCCGUCACGCCACCUGAGAAUUUCAGGACAUUUGCCCAAAUUUUUGGAAUUUUUUGUGAAUAUCUCAAAAACCAAGGGAGAUAGAGAAAUUUGUAUUAAAAUCUUUUUUGUAGGUUUCGUUUUUCUGCACAAAAAAGGUAGAGAGGAAAAUUUAGCUACCUCUCUUGGUUUUUUAGAUAUUUAACAAAAAGAAAUUCCAGAAUGAAAUCACGCACGAAAAAAUUUUACAGUAAAAUCCAGAAAAUUCUGUUGGAUUUCUAUUGACGAAUUCCUCAGCUCUGAAAAUAUCUAGUAGACAUUCAGUAAUUGAAACCAUAAAAUUUCUUCGUCCGUGAUGCCCCAAAAAUUGGAUGAGUUAUUCUCAUUUUAGAAAAAAUCGAGGGUAUCUGUCUCCCCAACUCUCCCCCAAUAGUAGAUAUUAAAUAAAAUUAAUUACUAUGGAGUAAUUGAAAAAACUGAUAAACACAUGCGUUUCUGUCUGCCCCUAAUGUUUAAGUUGUUCUAUUUUUAUUGAAAGUAAUUAAUUAAAAUAAUGACUACAACGUAA